GCUAGUCCAAGCUGGCCAACAGAGUCGAUGUUUCAAUAAUAAUCUGUCUGCUCAGACCUGCCCGUGUUUGCUUGAUAACAGCAUCGGAUUGCUUACGCUGCUCUCCUGACCUCCCGCUUUUUAUUCAUUAGAAGCGCCCCCUCCUGUCCUGCAACGCCUUUGGGCACCUUCCUAGGGAUUCUGCCGCGUUCGCCUUCUUAAGACGCCUAACCUAACCUCAUACUAUUUGCAACAGCCAACAGGGCUUUAUGGAUCACACUCGCCGCUCGCAAUAGCUAUGCUUUGUACUGCUUUGUGACCUGGGAAAUGAUACCAUCAGAAGAUUGUUAUCAAUAUCGAUAGGAGCAUUGGCGCCACCAUGGACGGUGAGGGAGAUCUGCGUCAGGCACGCGGAGCCUCUACUUUCCCUGAUCUCAUGAACGACCCUGCGUACGCAACGAAUAUCAACGCCAAAGGCAAGGGCGUCGAUGAACCGGAUACAUGUCGAAUUUGUCGCGGCGAAGGGUCGGACGAGGAGCAGCUCUUCUACCCCUGCAAAUGUAGCGGGAGCAUCAAGUUUGUUCACCAAAACUGCUUGAUGGAAUGGCUGUCGCAUUCGCAAAAGAAGUAUUGCGAGCUCUGCAAAACUCCAUUUCGAUUCACUAAACUGUACGACCCCGAUAUGCCGUCUGAGCUCCCGGCUCCGGUUUUUGUCAAGGAAUUAAUAAUACUCGGGGUGCGUUCCCUUCUGACCUGGUUACGAUUUGUUCUGGUUGCCUUUGUAUGGCUUGGAUGGCUGCCAUGGUCAAUGCGUGCAAUAUGGCGCGCCCUGUUUUGGCUCGCGGAUGGACGAUGGCCAAGCUCUCAAAAUUCGCCCUCACACCAAGUCAAUAUGCAGGCAGUGAUGAAUGGAACUACACAUAUCAAUCAUACGCUAGCCAUCAGCCACCCAGCAACUUCGACCGCCAUGCAAGCUGUAGGUUCUGAAACUUCAACAAUCUUAUCGCCCAUGACUUCGAUCCUCAAUUUUUCGACGGGAGAGCCUAUGGUCUUUGCGAUCGCCAAGAGAGUCUUCUUAGGCCUAUUCGUUUCGACUUCUUCUACUCCCAGUGGAAGCAACCCGAGCCAGAUCAAUACCACGAUAUCUACACGACCUCGUCAACCAUCAUGGCUGUCCAAUGUCACCUUUCUCAAUUCAUUAACAUCGUCUCCAACAGUGAACAACAUUGUAAUCGAUACACUAGAAGGACAAUUGAUUACCUUACUCGUUGUUAUAUCUUUCAUACUGGUAUUUCUUAUUCGGGAAUGGGUGGUUCAGCAACAGCCAGCUGUCAAUGUUGCUGACGAUGAGCGGGAUGCCGUGGUACAGCUGAUAGCAGAACCUGGAAACCGAGAGGAUCGGGUCCAAGCCGCAGACGACGUACAAAACAUGCAUUUGGAGGCUACUGACCAACAACUGGACAUUGCUCAGGACGAAAACAACAUAAAUGCUGAAGAGCAUUUUUCCUCUGAAGAUGAAUCACCAAUCGGAAGCCGGCCCUCUUCGCCGGAAUUCACCGCGAUUGACUCCCGUCCCAUAUUUCAAACACGCGCAUCAAGUUCCCGGCCAAUUUUGCCAUCACGUAAUGCCCUAGACGAAGCUUCAAAUAUCCAACGCACUCUUGAAGAGACAGCUAGUACUUCUGCCAACCCGACAUGGCCUGGUAUAGAUACAUUCAAAGAGCUGUGGACUCGUGGCGAAGGUAACCCCGACCGCAUCUUGCAGAUCAUACAAGAAGAAGGUCGAGAGGAAGAGCUUGGCUGGGUUGUGAAUGCUAUGACGAAGCUCAAAAGGGCAAACACCACGCAAAAUUCAAACGUCAUCAGCCCUAGUUCGGACGGCCAGCUACGUGAAAUCUUGGAUGAAGAAGAGCUGAAUAACAACUUCAACGAAAAUAUAGUAGCGACAGAUCAUAGAAAUUUAGAUCUAGGGUCUUCUACAUUUGGGGCUCAGGCUGUCGAACCUCCUUUCGAUCCAUUGAAUGACGUGUUUGCAAAUACCGAUAGUAUCAAUCCGCCUCGCGAGUCUCAGCCUGUCGGCGAUCGAUUAGAACUACCUAAUUUCGAAGCUAGAGCUAUCAAUCCAGAACCUUUCGAUACUCAAAUUGCACCGGCAGAACCCUCUUUGUUGGAUACGGAUGCAACGGGAACAGCCAACGCAGCGCUUAACGCCGUAGAUACCAUGGAGACGGCCCAGCAGCCUUUAGCAGAUCGCAUCUUUGAUUGGUUUUGGGGUGACUUGACUCCAUCUGAUGAGCCAGAAGCUCAUGCUCACGACGACGAGCACAUCAUUGAAAACAUUGCUCAGGAAGCACCAUUUGUGCCAGUUCCAAACAGGCAAAAUGACGUAGGCGGUGCUGCUGCUGUGAAUGCCUGGCAAGACCUUGGAGCUGCUCCAGCUGAUAACCGCGAAGCCAAUGACGUGGAUGUGGUGGAGGAGGCAGAUGAUUUCGAAGGUAUUUUAGAGCUGAUAGGCAUGCAAGGACCGAUAUUCGGUCUUUUGCAGAACGGUGUUUUCAGCGCCCUUCUCAUCUCAUUCACCAUAGCUGUUGGUAUCUGGCUCCCUUACCUUUGGGGGAAAAUUGCACUGGUUUUUCUUACCAGCCCGAUCCAACUUUUCGUUACCGUUCCCCUCGCCAUGCUGUCGAUAGCUGCUGAUGUAGCAGUUGACACCCUGAUUGGUAGCGUUGGAUACAUUCUCUAUUGGGCUAGCAUUAUUAUGAAAGGUCUUUUACGUCCAGUUAGUGUGCUUGUACCAAUAUUUGAUUGGAUCCCCCAGAGCACUUUAUUCACCAAAACAUCGUUGACACUUAUCGAUGGAAGCAGCCAAAGACUGAAAAAGGUAUUGAUUGGGCUCUUUGAUUUCCAGGACACAGAUCUCCCCAUGUUCUCUGUACUUGCUCACCAAGCAUUACGUAUCCAUGAAGCUCGAAUUGCAGAAUUGGCUCGAUUCUUGUGGAACAUGGUGAGGCUCGUGGUAUAUGAUUUUCCAAUCGGACUUCUUGCCUGCGAUUUUCGACAUGUCUUGUCAUCUAGUACUUUCAAAAUCAACCUCGCGAGUUUCACUGAGCAGCUAAGAAGUGGAUUUGAUGCCGUCAUGAAGCUUGGUCUCAUGGUGCUAGGCAAGUUAAACGGUGCCGAUGAGAUUGUCACCAUAGUGGGCUCCGACCAAGAGCUCGCUCGGUGGGACACAAAGGACCGUGUCAUUGCUAUUCUCAUCGGUUAUACAUUUGCCUCACUUUUAGGUGUAUUGUAUUUGCGGAUCAACAGCAUAUUUAGCGCGGCCAAUCGCGGCCAGAGAGUUGAAGGCGUCGUUGCUGAUAUACUACAUCAAGCUGGGGGCGUCAUGAAAGUCAUUCUCAUCAUCGGCAUCGAGAUGAUCGUUUUCCCUCUAUAUUGCGGUCUCCUUUUGGAUCUGGCGAUGAUGCCGUUGUUCAAACAGGCUACACUAGCGUCCCGAAUUGACUUUACAGUUUCAUCUCCCCUCACGUCAUUAUUUAUCCACUGGUUUGUCGGCACCUGCUAUAUGUUUCAUUUUGCUCUUUUUGUCUCCAUGUGUCGCAAGAUCAUGAGGGCGGGUGUUCUUUACUUUAUACGUGAUCCUGAUGACCCAACUUUCCACCCCGUACGCGAUGUCUUAGAGCGCAAUAUUGUGACGCAAUUGAGAAAAAUUGCGUUCUCUGCAUUGGUAUAUGGAGCCCUAGUUAUUGUUUGUCUCGGUGGAGUGGUAUGGGGACUGGCGCUGGCUUUUGACGAAGUCCUUCCCAUUCAUUGGUCGUCUAAAGUGCCGGUGCUUGAAUUUCCAGUCGAUUUACUGUUUUACAACUCCAUCAUGCCCCUGGCUAUACGCGCUUUUAAGCCAUCAGAUAUCCUGAAUAGCAUGUACAACUGGUGGUUCCGUGUAUGUGCCAGAUAUCUGCGGCUAUCACAUUUCUUGCUUGGAGAAAGGCAUCAGGACGAAGAAGGACGGCAUAUUGGUCGGUCGUGGACAGAACUGUUUACAGGCAAAGGGGGUAACGUAGAAAAUCCUGUCGUUACCGAGGAAGAUAAGAAGACGGCAGAACAAAACGGUGAUCGUGUCUACUUUUUGCGUGAUGGUAGAUUCGUGCGCGCUCCCGCUUCAGACCAAGUUCGCAUUCCGAAGGGAACAAAGGUUUUCUUGGAUGUGACUGAGCAAAAUGAACGUAUCGAUGGGGCCGUGGAUAAUGCUGAAGGAUUACAUGGCAAAGACAAUGAUAUGUUCGCCAAGGUCUACGUUCCUCCAAAUUUUCGACUACGGGUUUCUUUUUUCAUCUUCACAAUUUGGGUAUAUGCUGCGGUCACGGGAAUAGGCGUCACCAUUCUUCCAUUGGUAGUCGGUCGGAAGCUACUCUCGUUCUAUUUCCCCAACUUCAUCCAGAUCAAUGAUCUCUAUGCAUUCUCUGUUGGUCUAUACCUCUUAGGGGGCACAGCUUAUGCAUUGUUCUAUUCUCGUUCCACUUACGAUCGAUUGAAGGAACGAGUACAACCAACUUUAUCACUCCGGCAAGCCACGAUGUACGUGAUAGAUGUACUUCUCCACUUGAGCCGGUUGGUCUACCUAGCAGCUGCAUUUGCUCUUUUCGUCCCCUCUUUAUUGGCAUUGCUUAUGGAGCUCUACGUGCUCAUUCCAAUUCAUUCUUAUACGCAAGCUGAACACAUUCAUGUCAUCCAUUUCAUUCAAGAUUGGACGCUCGGCGUUCUUUACGUCCAGAUGACUCUCAAAUUCAUACAAUGGAGGUCGAACUCCCGGCUUGCAAUCGCCCUCAAUGCGAUUACUCGUGAUGGUUGGUUUCGUCCGAAUGUCAGCGUAGCGACGCGUGCAUUCAUCCUUCCAGCAUUGAUCAUUGCCGUGACGGCUGUGGUCUUCCCUCUUGGUUUGGGCUUCGUCGCCAAUACCACAUUCUUCCACUCCUCGGCCGUGGAGAUACAGUCCAAGGUGUAUCGUUAUGCAUACCCUACAACGCUCACAGUAUGCUUGUUGGUUUAUGCAUUGUACCUAUUCUACAAGAAGCUCGAGAUCUGGCGCGCCAACAUUCGAGAUGAAGUGUACUUGAUUGGUGAGCGACUUCACAACUUCAGCGAAAAAAGGGCUAGAGAUGUCGCGGGCGUCCACCGGCGCGUGAGUACGUCGUAGAUAAUAUCCAUUUCCCGCUUUAGUCUUAGAUUUGCAUGUAUUAAAAUGAUGACAUGGAAUUGAUUGAUAAGAUUUUAUUUUAACAAAGAG